AUGUCCACAGCAGACACUUCAUUCAUGGGACGCGAAGCUGAGGCUUUUACUGUGGUCAACAAUUUGUACCGACUCCUCAGUCCAGCCGAAGUGUUGGGAGCUCUCUUGGCCGCACUCUGUCACGAUGCGGAUCAUCCGGGCAUGAAUCAACUGCAUUUAGAACGCACGGGAAAUUUUCUGGUCUCAUUGUAUAAUGCUAAUUCCGUGCUGGAAAAGCAUCAUGCUCGUGUUGGAUUGACUAUUCUGCAUCGGAGUGGCCUCGCUCGUUCGCUGAGCAAGACGACAUGGACCGUUGUUCGUGAUUGUAUGAUCAAACUGAUUGAGGCAACUGAUAUGGCCUACCAAGGAUUGUACAAAGCCAAAUUCACACACUUCGACGAAAUGGAAGUGGAAUGGCGAAAGAGGGCACCCUUGACGAACAUCGUUGCCAGUUUCGAACUAUCUGCUCAGCUCACAGAAGACCGUUACGGUUCCAGAAAGCAUUUAGCUCUUGUCCUAGUUGUGAUUCAAAGCGAGCACGAACGGCUGAGUCAGAUACGCAAUGAUCUGCCAAUCCAUUUUGCUAUUGUUUUUCGUGCGGCCAGUGAGUCGGAGAGUGAAUUGCAUCAAACUAAUGCGUGA